CUCCUAUCCACUUUAUCUCCACACGCCUUCUCCACUUAUCUAUAUAAACACUUUCAAAUCCCCCAUAUCAUUCAGGGAUAUCUCACUCUCUAUUUCUUUUCGAAAUUCUAAUAUUCGUACACCUCUAGUGUUUAAUUUUUAAAGAAAAAAAUGCUUGAUUAUGACCGGAAAACGGAUAUGGUUUCCCCUGACAAGUCGAAAAAAUCGCCCAGAAUUUUGAAUAAGCAUCAGAUUUCUAUUCCGCCACCGCAGGUUCAAGCCUCAGAGUUAACGGCGGCGUCUGAAUCCGCUUGCUCAGCCUAUGAGUACUACUUGAGGCUGCCGGAGCUGCGUAAGCUCUGGAUUUCUAAGGAUUUUCCUGAGUGGAAGAAUGAGUCUCUGUUGAAACCGGCUCUGCAAGGGCUUGAGACCACUUUCCGCUUUGUCUCCAUCGUCUUAUCGGAUCCUAGACCGUACGCUCAUCGCAAAGAAUGGAAGCGGAGGCUGGAAUCUCUGGCGAGGAAUCAAGUCGAGAUCAUAUCUAUGUUAUGCGAAGACGACGCGGAAGAUGAUGAAACGCGAGGAGCGGCUCCGAUUGUGGAUCUGACCUCGUCGGAAACAGCUUUGUCCCGUGAGAACAGCUCGGUGGAGGUGUGGAAGCUGUCCGGCGAUACUACGGUUGUGAGCUGGACGAGCGAAGCUAGCUUGUUGCCUCGGCUGUCGACGUGGCACAAAUCGGAAGACUUGGCUCAGAAGGUUCUGGACAGCAUAGAAAGCGAGAUGCGGCGAUGCCCGUACACUCUCGGCUUAGGCGAGCCGAAUCUCACCGGCAAACCGAGCCUCGACUACGAUGCGAUCGUCAAGCCGUCUGAGCUUCAUUCACUUAAGAAAAGCCCAUCGGAGAGCCUUAAUCUACAGAACUACGAGAACCAGACCCUAUACACAACUAUGCAAGUGCUCGAAUCCUGGAUCUACGCAUCGAAAGCGCUCAUAAAUCGAAUAUCACAGAGAAUCGAUCGGAAGGAAUUCGAGAAGGCCGGAAGCGAUUGUUGGAUUCUGGAAAAAACAUGGAAGCUGUUAGCGGAAAUACAAGAUCUCCACCUGCUAAUGGAUCCAGACGAUUUCCUCCGCCUGAAAAAUCAGUUGUGCAUCAAAGCAAGCGCUGAAUCUGAGCUCUUCUGCUUCAGAUCCAGAGGAUUAGUGGAAAUCACGAAGCUCUCGAAGAUGCUGAAGCACAAAGUCCCGUGUAUUCUCGACGUAGAAGUUGAUCCUCACGGCGGCCCGAGGAUUCAGGAAGCGGCGAUGGAGUUGUAUCGAAGGAAAGACUGCCCCCAUAAGAUUUAUCUGCUUCAAGCACUUCAAGCGAUCGAAAUGGCUCUGAAGCGAUAUUACUACUCGUACAGGCAGCUUCUGGUUGUGGUUAUGGGGAGCUUAGAGGCUAAGGCGAAUCCGGCGACGGGGAACGCAAAUUCCGGCGAUUUGCUUGCUCAGAUAUUUUUGGAGCCGACGUAUUUUCCGAGUUUGGAUGCUGCGAAGACGUUUCUGGGUGAGCACUGGAGUCACGAUCAUGGCACGAUGUAGUUUGGAUAUGUCAGAUAGAUUUGAGUUGACUCGGACUCACGUUCAACUCACUGAUGCUGUGACUCGUAUAAUUUGAAUGCAAUCCGUCACGCUGCGUUGUAAUAUUCAUACGGAUUAUUGAUUAAUAUAUUCAUUUAUUACGAUUAGAAAUAUUUUUAUAAAUGAAGCAUGGAGAAAAUUCUUUUGAGUAACUGUUUCAAGCGAUUAAC